AUGCCCCCCACCACCGACUCCCAGGGCCGCACCUUCAUCCACCAUCCCAACGGCCAAACAACCCACUACAUCCUCUCCGACUACACCGACCCCUGGAAAUCAUCCACCACCACCACCACCACCACCGCACCCCAAACCAUCCUCCUCCAGCCCGGCUUCGCCCGCCACUCCGCCUUCUGGUACCACUGGAUCCCGCGCCUCUCCUGCGCCGGCUACCGCAUCAUCCGGCGCGACCUCCGCGGGCACGGCCUGUCCAGCGUGCCUGAGUCGGGCUCCUCCUACGCCUACACCCUCUCCACCAUCCUGUCCGAAAUCAUCGACACCCUCGACCAACUCGGCCUGCGCAAAGUCCACUUCGUCGGCGAAUCCACCUCCGGCAUCCUGGCCCUCGCCCUGGCCGCCCGCUUCCCCUCCCGCCUCCACAGCAUCACCCUCAUCUCGACACCCCUUUACCUACCCCCCGCCGCGCAGACCCUCUUCGCUUUCGGCGAGCCAAGCUGGCCGGCGGCGCUGCGCACGCUCGGCGCGCGCGGCUGGGCGCAGCGACUGGCGGCCGUGCCGGGCACGAUGGCGCACCCCGAUCCGGGGUACGAGAGCUGGUGGCUGGAGCAGAUAGGCGUGCAGAGCGGGGAGGGGUUGGCGGGGUAUGCGGAGUUCCUCUGCAGGGAGGAGGUGGAUGCGAGGGGGUGGGUGGAAGGGGGAGAGGUGGCGGGGGGCGGGGUGCCGGUGUUGGUGCUUGUGCCGGAGAGGAGUGCGGCGGUCAAGGUGGAGGAGGCGGGGUGGUUGGGGGAAAGGGUGCCAAGGGCGACGGUGGUGGUGGUGAAGGGACGGGGGCAUGAGAUUUAUACGGAGAUGGCGGAGGAGUGUCAGACGGAGUUUUUGAAGUUCUUGAAGGAUGUGGAUGGAAGUAGGGAGAAGGGGGAGUGA